UAUUCGAUCGUGGCAACGAGAAGGCGCCCGUUGCACCAAAAUGCAGGGUCGAGACUUAACUUCGGGCCUCAGGAUAGUUAUUCCUUCGAAGCAAGGGGAAGGAAGCCUCUACCAGAGCCGUCGUCGAUAUGCAACGUCCUGCUGAUGAUCGUGCUUCAUGUUUGCAGGAAAACUUUGUUUGUUGAUACAAGCAUUAAGGUGGCUGUGUAUGGUGGUUGUUUAUUUCUCCUUUCACUCAUAGCAGAUAUAUUACCUUUAUCACGCUCAUACUUUUCGAGUUCUGCGAAUGUGUUUAAUGUUUAUUUCGUGAAACUCGGUUGGGGAUGGACGCUCCUCGUAGCUUUUCCAUUUCUCAUUUUGACAAGUGACACUUAUUGCUGUGGUAAGCGAGAGCUUGUCCUCAAACACUUAAUGAGACAUGGUAUAUCCACGUGCUGUUGGUUUUUCUAGGUUAAUACUUUCAGUUACAUAGAAUCAAAUUAUGGAAGGUGCAAUCCAAAGAAACACAGCUUGAAAUCAGUAUGCCUGGGAGCAGGUGGAAGUUGGUAUGGGUUUGAUUUAUCAGGGCAUACAUUUAUAUUGAUUUAUAGCAAUCUCGUGUUGAUUGAAGAAGCGAGAGCUAUAAUCGGAUGGGAAGGAAUACGCGACUUGAUUCGGAAUGAAGAACAUGCAAGAAGCCACAGUGAUGCGUCUGUCAGCAAUAGCCCAUUGAGAUUGUUGACAGAAGUUGAGUUCCUGCGUUUGAAAGAGUCAUACCAAAAAUUUACGCCCUAUAUACGUUCCUUAUUUAUUGGAAUGACUACCUUAAGUGUCUUGUGGGAUGUUAUGUUGGUGAGCACAAUUCUUUAUUAUCAUAUAAUGAUUGAAAAGUUCAUCAGCGGUGCUAUAGUAAUUCUUAUGUGGUUUGUGACCUGUAGGUAUUUAUAUACUUUAAUGCGCAACUUACCUGGUGAAGGACUGUUUAAAUACAGAGAUUUAAAUGUAAACAGAAGUGUUCCAUUAAACAAAAGAUCACCAACAACAAAUGUGAAAAAUGAUAUACCCAGGUUUAUGGGGAUGCCUUUAUAUGCAGCAAGAAAUGUAGAGGAAGAAAGUCAACAAAAUGAAGAUCAGUCUUCAUCUGUGAAAACUCAGCUCUGACAUAUGUAGGUGUCCACUUCUGAAUGACCUGCUGAACAGUUAGUUACCUGCACAACUUUUCUAACGUACUUGUUAGCAUCGGAGGGAGAGGUCUGGAGAAGUAAAAAA